AUGCCCGACGUGAAUUCAUCUUUAACUUUUGAAAAUAUUACCAAGCCAAUGGAGAGUUUGUCUGAGCCUCUUGCGAUGAGAUGGACUUUACGUGUUCUCUACAUCCUUGUCUUCUUGUCUGGAAUAGUUGGAAAUGUGGUCGUGUGUAUUGCAGUCAUUAGACGCAAGCGUUUACGAUCUAGCAAUAACCUUUUCACUUUCAACCUGGCGUGUGCUGAUCUCAUUGUCGUAAUAAUCUACGUUCCUACUCAGAUGACAGCAUUCGAGAACGGCCACAACUGGGCUUUAGGCGACACAAUGUGUCGAAUCGCGUAUAUUAUAAUACCACUGUGCCUGUCUGCAUCUAUCGGAUCACUACUAGCAAUAACAGUGAAUCGCUACCGAGCCAUGGUCUAUCCGAUGAAACCCAAACUUACCAUGGGGAAAAUUAAGCUAAUAAUCGCUGUUAUGUGGAUAACGUCUCUUUUCAUAGCUCUUCCUAUCAUUUUUGUCGCGGGAACAGAGACUUAUGAAAAUGGACAAACCUACUGCUCUGAACCAGGUUGGCCGGACGCUUCUAACAUCGACAAAGUUUAUUGGAUCUCAAUAUUUCUUCUGCAGUACGUUGUUCCGCUUGUUGUUAUUAUUAUUCUAUCAACUAUUGCUGCUUGGAGACUAAGAAAAAACACGCUGUUUAACAGGCGAAGAGGAUCGCUCGUAAUAACGAAAGCCGUUCGGCGGCGAAUGCAUCAAGGAGCCAAGAUAACAAAACUGCUUUUUGCACUUGUCUGUAUCUAUGCUAUAUGCAUGCUUCCUCAACACGUAGUGUUUUUUUGGAUGGAGUAUGGUAAUCUCAAGCAGAUGGGAUUCAAAAUGUAUAUAUUCCGAUUUUCAAAUGUCUUCCCCAUGGCUAAUUGUGCGUUGAAUCCGAUUGCUUACGGGACUCUGAACAAGGAAUUUGGGAUGGUCUUCAAGAGACUCCUGAAAAGAAAGUGGAAACUAAGUAUAAGAUUGAGGUGCUGGCGGAAACGCGAUGUCGAGGAAGUAACGGACGUUGAAGGCCAAGAAAAAACUAAUAUCGUCUUGAAAGAGUUCUUGUAG